AUGAAUAGCAAACGGCUCAAAGACCAUCUCAAUCAAAAUCUCCUUCAAAUUCCUGCAAUCGACGCCCUUCUCAAUCUUAUUCUCAACCCGUCCCUAACAGCAGCUCAAAAGGCCCUCCCAAAACGUCUUCACCUCCCCGUAAUUCAACUCACAUCUCGCGGCUCUUGCGGCAAAACACACCUUCUAUAUCUCAUCUGCGCUGUCGCAACUCUACCCUCCAAACUUGGGGGAAAGGGUCGCGCAGUCGUGAUAAUCGACUGCAAGUCGCAAUUCUCUGUCAACAGGCUAUACGAGGUAAUGCGGGGAUGCGCCAGACAGUACCUCCAAGUUCCGUCAAUCUCGAGCAUUCAGCUCCAUGGCCUUCUCAAAACCGCUCUUUCACACGUCCACAUUUUUCGCCCGACAUCCUCCGCACAGCUCCUACUCACGAUUCAGUCUCUGAAAUCAUACCUCUGCACCACCGAGCACCAAUCCUCCAAGCGCCGUAUUGACAGCAUCCUCAUCGACGGCAUCUCAAGUUUCAUAUGGCGCGACCGUUGGAAUGACUAUCAUGCCGUCAUGCUAUCGCAAGGGCACCCGGAUUGGAUUGAUCUGCAGGAGCGGUACAGUAGUAUUGUGCGGGAGCUACAGGAGGUGGCCGGAGCGCUGGGCGCCUAUGUAGUAGUCACGAACCUUGGAUUUUUGGGGUGGCGGGGUGGUGAUCUAGAUGCACAACCUCCCUUGCGUGGAGCGAGGUCCCUGGUAGAGGAAAAGCCACCUAGAGAAAGGCCUUACUUAAGAAAUGCGUUACCUGCACCGUGGAAUGCGUUUGUCAACGUGAAGAUUGUGCUACGACACUUUCGGUCUGGGGAGGAUGAGGAGAGGAGGUUUGUGGGCUUCUCAGAUACAGUGGGACUGGGUGGGGGCUUGCAGAGGGCGGUAAGUGAGGUUAAUGGUGGGACUGGGCAGUUUUGGUUCGAGAUAACGAGUGAAGGAGUCACUGUUGGUGCAAGUGCGAAUUUAUGA